AAUGAGAAUUGAAAAAAACGUGGCUUAUGAAGCCGACGGUAAAACCUAUCGUAUCUAUGACGUCAAGGCUGAGGACCCGAUUCAAGUUCGUGUCAGGACCCAUUAUUUCACCCAGCACCAGAAGCAGACAGUGGAUUUUGUAAAGGAAAUGCAUCAAAAGUGGCUGAAAUUCGACCACGCGAAAAUGCCAAUUCUCGGCUGCCUGGACAUGCUAGCCACAUUUUUAGACGAAUCUGAUCCGGAUGUGGAUGAGGCAAACUUAAUUCAUGCUUACCAGACAGCUGAAAAAAUCAGAGAAAAUCACCCGGACAAGCCGUGGAUGCAUUUGGCAGGUCUAAUCCACGACUUGGGGAAAAUCAUGAGCGUAUGGGGUGAAGAGCAAUGGGCAGUCACCGGUGACACGUAUCCUGUUGGUUGUGCACCAGCCGCCUCUAUUGUCUACGGAAAAUCCAGCUUCGAUGGGAACCCGGACAUUAGCCAUCCGGUAUACGGUACCCAAAUGGGAAUGUAUCAGGAAAAGUGUGGAAUGGAGAAUUUGUUAAUGACUUGGAGUCAUGAUGAGUAUAUGUAUAAGGUCCUUGUAAACCACGGUACAACUCUUCCAGACGAGGCUCUUUACGCAAUUCGAUUCCAUUCAUUCUACCCAUAUCACUCUCACAAUGACUACGUCCAAUUCCAAAACGACAGGGAUGUGGCGAUGAAGCCGGCGAUUAUGAUGUUGAACGAAUGCGACUUGUACUCCAAAAAUGACGAUGCUCCUGACAUGGACGCCCUGAAGCCCUAUUAUCAGUCCCUUAUUGAUAAAUAUGUUCCUGGAGAUGUUUGCUGGUGAUAUCUAAUUAUAAUUGCAUUCCUGAGACUAUAAUAAAAAUUUUAUUUU